AUGGCUCACCCACCACCUUGGAUUGCCUUUUGUACUCUUAGCCUGACUGUGAAUCGAACAGUCAACAGCUUAACCUUUUUCAGCCAUGCAGCAAAUAUUCAAGGUGUUUACACGCACACUCAUAAUCGUGUUAAGACCAAUGACUUGGACACCAGCCUUGGAGCCGUGUUGAGCCAAGUUGUUGAAGGAGCUGAACACCCCAUAAUGUACCUGAGCCGGAUACUGCUGGACUUUGACAUGUGUAAACUUUCUCUGUACUCACAAUAUUGUUUUUCUCUUUUAUUCCAGAUCAUAUUUUAUGAAGACAGGAAUUUCCAGGGCCGCUACUAUGAAUGUAGCAGCGACUGCGCUGAUUUGCACUCCUACUUCAGUCGUUGUAACUCCAUCCGGGUGGAGAGCGGCUGCUGGGUGGUGUAUGAGCGCCCCAACUAUAUGGGCUACCAGUAUUUCAUGAGAAGGGGCGAGUAUCCAGACUACCAGCGCUGGAUGGGAUUUAAUGAUUGUAUCAGGUCCUGCCGUGCGAUCCCUCAGUACAGAGGAUCAUACCGCAUGAAGAUUUAUGAGCGGGAGAACUUUAGUGGUCAGAUGAUGGAGUUCAUGGAUGACUGUGAGUCUGUUCAGGACCGCUUCAGAUAUCCAGAUAUUCAUUCCUGCCACGUGGACGGCUACUGGAUCAUGUAUGAGCAGCCCCACUACAAAGGACGCCAGUACUUCCUGAGGCCCGGCGAGUACAGGAGAUACAGUGACUGGGGAAGCAUGAAUCCUAGGAUUGGCUCCUUCAGGCGUAUCAUGGAUAUCUGCUGAAUCUUUUGUCAUUAAAGUGUGAAAGUGAUCAUACAA